AGUGAAAAAAGCUGUGAACGCGGGUGGUGUUCCAGGGUAAAUUGACGGCGCUCCCGUUUUUCCCGGAUCGCGGCACACCUCCGCGCCGGCAGUGGUCCGCUCCGCUCAGACGCGACACGGCCGUUGGUCUCCCAGCGGAGAGCAGGGAGAGGUUCAGCCAGACUUCUGCCUCCAUUGCUCCGCUGCGUCCCGCUGCUGCCUCCUCCUCCGCACAACUUUCCAUCCAGCGGUUCGAUCACCAGGCGUCCGAGGAAAGCUGCUCUCAUCCCCCCUCCCCCUCGGCUCUUUCCUCCCCCUCUUUUUUUUGUAUUUUUGUAUACUUUACCCCGAACAACUGGAGUUUCUCCCAUGACCCGACACCCCGCCGCACUAGCGCUAGCGUCCCGGGCUACGGAGAUACGAGAAUGAACUUUGGACUUUCCGCGCGGCUCUUCGUGACAUGUUCCCCCCCGUCGUCCUGGAUCUAAUAGAAUAACAACGCAGCCCCGGCGUGGCGGCGGCGGCGGCGGCUGGGUUUACAACAGAGGAAAAAAACACAUACGAAAUUGAACUAGCGAGGGGGAAUACUGCUUUCUGCCGAGCGACUGCCGAACGCAGACGGCGACAACUUUUAACCUGCCACUUCACAGGAGGAGCGGGGCAGGAAAAUGUCCUCCAAAGCGGCAAAUAAGAGUGCAGCGAUGGAGGAAACAGUGAUAUGGGAACAGCACACGGUGACCCUUCACAGGGCCCCAGGAUUUGGGUUUGGCAUCGCAAUCUCAGGUGGCCGAGACAACCCUCAUUUCCAGAGUGGAGAAACAUCCAUUGUGAUAUCUGAUGUGUUAAAAGGAGGUCCUGCAGAGGGACUUCUACAAGAAAAUGACCGUGUUGUGAUGGUCAAUGCUGUAUCUAUGGACAACGUAGAGCAUGCCUACGCUGUGCAGCAACUCCGCAAGAGUGGCAAAAAUGCAAAGAUAACUAUCCGUAGGAAAAGGAAAGUACAAAUCCCUGUUUCGCGGCCAGGAGACAGGGAGACAAUGUCAGAGCAUGAGGAAGAGGACAGUGAUGACGAGGAUGACUAUGAGCACCAAAGUGGUCGUGGUGGCCCAAGUGCCUAUGGAGCAGCAAGCGGAGGCACAGGCAGGCGUCAGGAGCGUGAGCGCAGCAGCAGUGGCAGACGGGAUCGCAGUCCCUCGCGGGAGAGGAGCGUCUCACCACGCUCUGACCGCCGCUCACAAGUCUCGUCUGCUCCUCCCAGGCCAGCCAAGGUCACCCUCGUCAAGUCCCGCAAAAACGAAGCAGAAUAUGGACUCCGAUUGGCCAGCCACAUCUUUGUGAAGGACAUCUCUCCCGAAAGCCUCGCUGCCAGAGAUGGAAACAUCCAGGAGGGAGAUGUUGUACUCAAGAUCAAUGGCACAGUCACAGAGAACCUGUCACUGAUAGAUGCCAAGAAGCUGAUUGAAAGGUCAAAGGGCAAGUUGAAGAUGGUGGUGCAGAGAGAUGAACGUGCCACGCUGCUCAACAUCCCAGAUCUCGAUGACAGUAUCCCAUCAGCUAAUAAUUCAGACAGAGAUGAUAUUUCAGAAAUACAUUCACUGACGUCAGAUCAUUCCAAUCGAUCCCUCGGGCGAGGUAGUCGAUCACGUUCGCCCGACAGGCCUGAUGCAUCGGACCAUCUCCGUCACUCACCUCGGCAGGUCAGCAAUGGCAGUUGGAGAUUCCAGACGAGAGCAGGUUCGCUCUUGCACAGAUUACUUCCAAUCCAUCGAAGUCGAGAUGAGGAGCGAGGAUCCAAACCCGGGUCCAUGUCCACACCGGUGAAAAGUUCAGACGAUGGAGUCUUAUCUCAGGCCAGUGACCAGGCCAGUUCCAGGGAUGAGAAAUUGUUACCCCCGCUGCCUGAACCGAAGCCAGUGUAUGCGCAGCCUGGUCAGCCUGACGUGGACCUGCCCGUCAGCCCCUCUGAUGCCCCCGUACCCAGCGCCGCUCAUGAUGAAACUCUCAGCAGGCCAAGUAUGAAGCUGGUGAAGUUCAAGAAGGGAGAGAGUGUCGGGCUGCGGUUAGCAGGAGGGAACGAUGUGGGGAUCUUUGUGGCAGGAGUUUUGGAAGACAGUCCUGCAGCCAAGGAGGGACUGGAGGAGGGCGACCAGAUUCUCAGGGUAAACAACGUGGACUUUGCCAAUAUCAUCCGCGAGGAAGCCGUGCUGUUUUUGCUGGAUCUCCCUAAAGGAGAAGAAGUAACUAUUCUCGCUCAAAAGAAAAAGGAUGUGUAUCGAAGGAUAGUGGAAUCCGAUGUGGGCGACUCCUUCUACAUUCGGACACAUUUUGAAUAUGAGAAAGAGUCACCGUAUGGCCUGAGCUUCAACAAGGGCGAGGUGUUCCGUGUUGUUGACACGCUCUACAACGGAAAACUGGGUUCUUGGCUCGCUAUCCGGAUUGGCAAGAACCAUCAGGAAGUGGAAAGGGGCAUCAUCCCAAACAAGAAUAGAGCUGAGCAGUUAUCCAGUGUGCAGUACACCCUCCCCAAAACACCAGGGGGCGACAGAGCAGACUUCUGGAGAUUCCGAGGAUUGCGAAGUUCCAAGAGGAAUUUGCGGAAGAGCAGGGAGGACUUGUCUGCGCAGCCAGUUCAGACCAAGUUCCCUGCGUAUGAGAGGGUUGUGCUGAGGGAAGCUGGGUUCCUCAGGCCUGUGGUUAUCUUUGGACCGAUAGCAGAUGUGGCCAGAGAGAAAUUGGCCAGGGAGGAGCCAGACAUAUUUGAACUAGCGAAAACACAGAAACAACAAGGAGGGGAAAAGAGCGAAGCCAGGGAUGCAGGAACCGACCAGAAAAGCACUGGCAUCAUCCGUCUGCACACCAUUAAACAGAUAAUUGACAGAGACAAGCACGCCGUUCUGGACAUCACCCCUAAUGCAGUGGACCGUCUGAACUACGCUCAGUGGUAUCCCAUCGUGGUGUUUGUCAAUCCCGACACCAAGCAGGGCGUCAAGACCAUGAGGACCCGCCUCUGCCCAGAGUCUAGGAAGAGUGCCCGGAAACUCUAUGAUCGAGCCCUCAAAUUGAGAAAGAACAACCACCACCUCUUCACCACCACCAUUAACCUGAACAACAUGAACGAUGGUUGGUUCGGAGCACUGAAAGACAAUAUCCAGCAGCAGCAGAACCAGCUGGUGUGGGUUUCGGAGGGCAAGGCUGAUGGGGCAGCUGAGGACGACCUGGACAUCCAUGACGAUCGUCUGUCCUACUUGUCGGCACCAGGUAGUGAGUAUUCCAUGUACAGCACCGACAGCCGCCACACCUCCGACUACGAGGACACCGACACAGAGGGCGGAGCUUACACCGACCAGGAGCUGGACGAAACACUGAAUGACGAUGUGGGUCCACCCACGGAGCCUGCCAUCACCCGCUCCUCUGAGCCUGUCCGUGAGGAUCCACCCGUCAUCCAAGAGCCCCCUGGCUACGCUGGCUACCAGCACACGGUGCAACCGGACCCCCUGAACCGCAUCGACCCGGCUGGGUUCAAGGCACCAGUGCCGCAGCAGAAAGCAGAGGCCGCUGCCGUCCCUAGCCUCCCCCAGCAGCCUGAGCCCCUGGCUGAGACAAUGCCCCCUGCUGUCGACGUUACUGUAAAAACUGUAGGGGGCGUGAGCCCUGACGAGACUCCUGCAGCUCCCCACAUGCAGCCAAGCCCCGACCCAGAGGCUGGCUCGCUUAGGAGGCCCACCCCUGAGCUAGCCCGUCAGAGCGUCACGCCAGAACCUCAACAGUCUGGACUGGCCAGUUCUGAACCAAAGAUGUUUCAAAAGGAUCCAUACAGCACAGACACCAUCGGGAGAACCAGUCACAGUAUGAAGCCUUUGGGCUACAACUCUCAGCAGGGAUAUCACCCUGACCAGCAGCCAUACAGAGAUUACGACCAUCCCCCGAGUCGGUAUGAUGUCAGCAGCAGUGGAGUCAGCAGUGGAGGUGGUUACCGAGAACCAAAGUAUCAUGACUAUGACUCUAACCCCCCCUUCGAGAACAGUGUGCCUCACUACGACCAGCAACAGUGGAACCCCUACAACCAGCCGCUCCCUACUGCCAAUUCCCAGGGCUACGAUCCCCGUUUGCCAUACGGUGACGGCCCUGACUCCCACUACGCCCCUCCUCUACGCUAUGACGAGCCCCCCCCUCAGCAGGGAUUCGACGGACGGCCCCGUUAUGGUAAACCAACUGGCCCCGCACCUGUCCGUUAUGAUGAUCCUCCAGCACCAGGGCCUGAGCUGCACUAUGACCAGGAUUCUCACCUGAGUACGUACCCUGCUGCUGCCCGCUCCCCUGACCCAGCUGCCCAGCGACCUGCCUAUAACCAGGGACCAGCACCGCAGCAAAAAGGCUACAAACCUCAGCAGUACGACCCUGUUCCUGUGAACUCUGAAACCAGCCCCACACCUCCUCCAAAGGCAGAGAACUUCGCACCUUCCCCUGUGGACCUUACAAAAUUGGCACCUGCCAGAGAUGAGCCACGAGAGGACGAACCAGCCAUGCGGCACCAGUCGGUCCUGACGAGAGUUAAGAUGUUCGAGAACAAACGCUCUGUGUCCGUGGACCGAGCCAGAGAUACCGGGGAUUCAUCUGGAAACAGGGCAGCAGAUUUACCCUUGAAAGCAGGUGGAGUAAUCCCUAAAGCAAAUUCUCUUAGCAACCUGGAUCAAGAGAAGACAUUUAGAGCACCAGAGCCACAGAAACCUCCCAGUGUAGCUGACGACAUUGUGCGCUCCAACCACUACGACCCUGAUGAGGAUGAGGACUACUACAGGAAACAGCUGUCCUACUUUGACCGGCUCCAAGUUGGCCCCUCCAAAGCCCAGCCACAAGCACAACUAACCCACAACAACUACAGGACGGAGUCAGUGGAAAAACCAAGUCCAGUGGAGAAAAAAUAUGAGCCUGUUCCCCAGGUUACACCGUCGCUGCCACCAGCCACACUGCCCAAACCCCCAGCAGAAGCCAAGCCUCCUGGCCGGGACGAAACUGUCCAGACCAACUUCCUGCCUCAUAAGAGUUUCCCUGAGAAGUCUCCAGUUAAUGGCACAAGUGACCACCCUCCAAAAACAGUCACCGUGGCUCCAGCAGCAUCAAGCUACAACCGCUUUGCGCCCAAGCCCUACACCACCUCUGCCAAGCCUUUCGCACGCAUGUUCGACAGUCCGAAAUUCAACCACAACCUUUUGCCCAAUGACAAGCCUGAGAUUGCUCCAAAGGACCGGAGCUCCAGUCCGGUGAAGCCUCAGGUGAAUCCUCAGCCUCAGAACACGGACCACGACAGCGGCGUGGACACGUUCACACGCACGAUGGACCACCGCUCCAAAUACCAGCACAACAACAUCAACGCUGUGCCCAAGGCCAUCCCAGUGAGCCCCAGUGCGCUGGAUGAUGAUGAAGAUGAAGACGAGGGCCACACAGUAGUUGCAACAGCUCGAGGAAUCUUCAACAGUAACGGUGGCGUCCUGAGCUCCAUUGAGACAGGUGUCAGCAUAAUAAUCCCACAGGGCGCCAUCCCUGAUGGUGUGGAGCAGGAGAUCUACUUCAAGGUCUGCAGAGACAACAGCAUCCUGCCACCGCUUGACAAAGAGAAAGGAGAGACUCUGCUCAGCCCUCUGGUGAUGUGUGGACCUCAUGGCCUUAAGUUUUUGAAGCCGGUGGAGCUGCGCUUACCUCACUGUGCGUCAAUGACCCCUGAUGGUUGGUCUUUUGCUCUAAAAUCCUCCGACUCCUCGUCGGGUGACCCGAAAAGCUGGCAGAACAAGUCUGUUCCCGGGGACCCCAACUACCUGGUGGGCGCCAACUGCGUGUCCGUGCUCAUUGACCACUUUUAAAGGCGGAGGCGGAGGCGGAGGCGGGGCCGGCGGGUGUGACGUUACUGAACGCGGAGCCACGGUGGAUGAAAUGAAGAAGACACACACGAGCCGUUUUCAGACAUGACCUCCAGAGGAACUCCAGCGAAUCUGGUCCAGACUUUCUCCAGAGUAUUCCCCUUCACACAUGCAGGAGAUUCUCCGCUCGGGCGCGUUCACAACAGCAACACAAUUUCACGCAGGAUUCAGGCGAGUGGGGGGGUGGGGGGGGGGGGCAGCAGGUAAAGGCAGGAAGUCACAUAUUAGUCCCGCUGCGGAGAUCACAUGUUUUUGUUUACAGAACAUCCACACAGGCGUCGGCCCUUAUCACCACAAACUCUCAUGACAUCCUCGUCAGUGUCUUCUACGUGUAUGGCACCGCCUCUUUUUUUGGUAGUCUUUUUGUAUUUUUUUAAUACUUCGCGUCGGUCAGAUGUGUCGACAACUUCCCCGCUCGCUCCCGGUGAAUCCAGCGGAGGAUCUCCUGCUGUGUUCUCACGUUGACUCGGGACUCUCCAGAGUUUCUGUGGACUUGACACAACGGGGCCAGACGGAGAAAGUCAGCAGAAACUCUGGAGGCUCUUACUCUGACAUUUGCGUUCACACAUACGACCCCCGACGGAGACAUUCCUGAGGAUCUCUGGAGUUCAGUGCAUGUCUGAAAGCACGAAAGAAGGCUACACACACACACACACACACACACACACACACACACACACACUGAUGGAUGCACUCCACACACCAUAGAAUGGAGUAUGAAGAAGAUUGGCUCUGUGCUGUUUACCUACAGAAGAAGGAGAGACUGAUGAUCACUACAAGUUAUUCCUGAAAACGUUUUCCCCCAGUAUGAGGUUUUGAUGUGAAAUGAAGUCGUUGAUGAUGCAUGCCCCAUUCCACUGAGGUUUAACUUUUUAUAUAAAGCGAUGUUUAUUGUAAUUUUUACAUGAAUAUAGAUGGACGGACGGCUUUUGAGGCAGCGUAAAUGCUUCAAACAUAUUUAUGCUAUAUAUGCAUACAGUAUAUAUAGUAGUAUAGAGACGAUUUACUAAAGUUUAAAUCCAGAAUUCAGUCGAGAUCUUUUUUCAGUUCAGGUGACUUGAAGACAGACCGCGUUUAUUAUUUUUUCCUCCACAAUGAAGGUUUGAGGCGGACGUGAGAUUAAACAAGAGAUGGUGACGUGUGGAAGUUUCUGUUGAAGGAGUUGAAAAAAGCUCGAGCUGGAUAUGAACCCAGGUAGCACACUUUUAUAGAGAAGCCCUUCCUCCACUCCUUUAUUCUUCCUUUUCCUACGGUUAUAUCUUGUAGCUCUUAUUUCUUCCCACAUCUCUCCUUCCAGCCUGAGGGAGAUCUAUGCAUGUUCUUGACUCAGGUCCAGUAGCCUCCUCAGUUCCCUCCUCUCAUCUCUCUCUUUCUCUCUUUCUUUGCUCUUUCUUUCUCUGUCUGUGCGCUCUUGCACACACACACACAAAUAAGCAGUGAUGCCUUAUCUGCAGAUUAUUCACUUUUCAUCAAGAAAAAAAAACAAAACAAAUAAGUUAUGAUAAAUUAUGGUAUAAUGUCAUUUGUUUUUGCCAUUUCAUCUUUUUUGUGGACCCACUGUAUAAAUGAACUUGGGUUUAGCUCACCAUAACAGUCGAUAAAGGAUAACGAAGGUAUGCUCUUCUUUUAUCUGCUAUGCAUUACUUAAAGAAAAGAAAAAAAAAACAGAAAAGAAGUGGCUGUAAAUAAAGCUAGCAUAUUGCCUUGUUUCUUUUGUUUGUAAAUGAACUUUUUGUAUGUCUUUCUUUUUUGUAUGAAACUUAGAGAAAAGAU